CCAAAAUAAUGGGAACUUUUCAAAAGACGCAUGAAACGCUUGAAACUCUAUCUAUGUAUGAGAAAAGGCCUGGUCAAGCACAAAGGUUUCUCGCUCGCAUGAGCAAGAACUUCAGGUGGCCCACUUCAAUGCCGGGAUACAUUAGAAGGGGUACGUUUAUACAUAUCAUUGAUGAUGACGAUGAAGAGUUUGGGUUGGAGGUUGGGCUCAAUUACUUAUUUUUCUACAACGCACUCGACAACGGUGAAUUUGCUGAACAUAAAAAUGAGUGGGUGACAAUACACAAACAGAGAAUAGUAGAGUAUGGGAAGAGGUAUGACGAUGAUAGACUGAGCAACAUUCUUGAAACUAUGCCUGGCGCCGUCCAACUUCCAGUCGACCAGACAAAACUGCCACGUAGUCCACCGGCGAAGAUGGUGACAGUUCAGCGUGUAAACAAUGGCAACGAUUACAAGGUCAGAGUUCGUGUCAGAAGACCAAAUGAUGGAUCAAUUGUUUUACUUCCUUAUGAUUUUUAUGAUGCGCAAUAUAACAACAAAUUGUAUUCAUGUGUGGUAGAUACAGGUGCACCACAAACAAUCUUACCAUAUUAUAUUAAAAGAACACUUGGCGGAAGAUGGGGAUGGAGUACAAAUUAUGAAAUAACCGCAGGUUAUGGAGCACCUGCAAUAAAACAUCUUGCAUGCAGAAUGUUUGAUGUUUCUAUUGGCGAUGAUAAUAAUUGGACCAAAUGGGUUCAGGCCAAAAUCACGGUCUGGGAAGAUGAACCUGGUGAUCAGGUUGAAUAUGCCCUUGUCGGUAAUGAUGUUACAUAUCAACUGGCUUAUAUACAUGAGCCGAAAAAUCCACUUAAAUUCUUAGAUAUUGGAGAUGAAGUUAGACUUACUACAUUUUCAAAUACUU